AUGCGCGCCGCCGCGCUGGGGCUGGCGCUCCGGGCACUCUGGGCUCUGGCCCUCUCUUCCCUCUCCAACACGCUGGCAGUGAACAACAGCGGGCGGUGGUGGGGCAUCAUCAACGUGGCCUCGUCCACCAACCUGCUGACGGACUCCAAGAACGUGCAGUURGUGCUGGACCCCAGCCUGCAGCUGCUGAGCCGAAAGCAGCGCAAGCUGAUCCGGCAGAACCCCGGCAUCCUGCACAGCGUCAGCUCCGGCCUCCAGACAGCCAUCAAGGAGUGCAAGUGGCAGUUCCGCAACCGCCGCUGGAACUGUCCCACCUCCCAGGGCCCCAACAUUUUCGGCAAAAUCGUCAACCGGGGCUGCCGGGAGACGGCAUUCAUCUUUGCCAUCACCAGCGCCGGCGUGACGCACUCGGUGGCCCGGUCGUGCUCAGAGGGGUCCAUUGAAUCCUGCACCUGCGAUUAUCGGCGCCGUGGCCCUGGGGGKCCCGACUGGCACUGGGGGGGCUGCAGUGACAACAUCGACUUCGGUCGCCUCUUCGGGAGGGAGUUUGUGGACUCGAGUGAGAAGGGCCGAGAUCUGCGGUUCCUCAUGAACCUGCACAACAAUGAGGCCGGGCGCAUGACGGUCUUCUCGGAGAUGCGCCAGGAGUGCAAGUGCCACGGCAUGUCGGGCUCCUGCACCGUCCGCACCUGCUGGAUGCGGCUGCCCACCUUCCGCGCCGUGGGCGACGUCUUGAAAGAUCGCUUCGACGGCGCUUCCCGUGUCAUCUACGGCAACAAAGGCAGCAACCGUGCAUCGCGGGUGGAGCUGCACCACUUGGAACCCGAGAACCCGGCCCACAAACCCCCCUCGCCCCACGACCUCGUGUACUUCGAGAAAUCCCCCAAUUUCUGCACCUACAGCGGGAAGACGGGCACGGCGGGCACGGCGGGGAGGUUUUGCAACAGUUCCUCGCCGGGGCUGGACGGGUGCGAGCUGCUGUGCUGCGGGCGCGGGUACCGCACACGCACCCAGCGCGUCACCGAGCGCUGCAACUGCACCUUCCACUGGUGCUGCCACGUCAGCUGCCUCAACUGCACCAACACCCAGGUGCUGCACGAGUGUCUGUGA